UGAAAUGAAGGGGCGGGCUGUAGUAGCAUUUCCUGCUCACAUCCUGCGCUGACCCUCCGGCUCCGACUGGACACACGCCUACGGAGUCCGGAGCAACAAGCCUCGCUUGGGAAAACAACCGCAAUCUGCUGUUACGAAAAGAUGGGCAGCAUGUAUAAGGAUGAGCAGGACGACUGGGUCACAGUGUGUCUCAAAUACCUCCUCUUUGUUUUCAACUUCCUGUUCUGGAUGGGCGGCGGGGUGGUGAUGGGUGUUGGGAUCUGGACGCUGGUGGAUAAAGGAGAGUACCUGAGCCUGCUGGCCUCCAGUACAUUCGCCGUGUCCGCCUACAUCCUGAUCCUGGCCGGGGGGCUGGUGAUGGUCACCGGGUUCUUGGGUUGCUGUGCCGUCAUACGUGAGCAGAGGAGCUGUCUCUCCACGUACUUCUCCUGUCUGCUUCUGAUCUUCAUCAUUGAGCUGGUGGCUGGUGUUCUGGCUUAUGUUUAUUACCAGGCGCUGAGUGAAGAGCUGAAGGAGCACUUGAGCAAGACGAUGACAGAGAACUAUGCCCAACCUGGAAAAGAGAGCAUCACUCAGUCUGUGGACAGACUACAGCAGGAUUUCAAGUGCUGCGGGAGCAACAACUCUCUUGAUUGGAUGCACAGCGUGUACAUCAUCAAGUCUCCGGAGACGGAGAAAAGGGUGGUCCCUGACAGCUGCUGUAAGACCAUCACGCCUCAGUGUGGAAAGAGAGACCACCCCUCCAACAUCUACAAGGUGGAGGGCGGCUGUAUCACGAAACUGGAGCAGUUCCUGGCGGAUCACUUGCUCAUCAUUGGAGCUGUGGGGAUAGGCGUGGCCUGUCUACAGUUAAUAGGAGCAGUGCUGACUGCCUGCUUUAUAUAUCUGCUUUAUAAAGAAGAGGAAGAGGACUUUUCUGACGUUUGAUUGGCUAGUGGCAAUAUUUGACUCCUGAACCGCUAUGCGAUGAGAAGAUAUGUGGAAUGGUGUUCACCUGUUGCCUGCACAGGCGAAUUAAACUGGACCCGUACUGAUGCUUGGAAACGUAUAUAUGCCUUUCCUGACGCUCCAACACAUACACACACAUGGCCUUACUACUGUGCCCAUUUAAAACUGCAUGACCAAAUGCAUUUACAGCAACGUGAGGGCUUUAUUAUCUUUCAUUUGCCACAUUUUAGACAAAUGUUGCUAUUGUUGUUGCCUCCUUAUGAUCAUAACAGUUUUAAAAGAUUGCACUGUGGUCAUUUAGAUGUCAAGGAGGCAGUUAGAAAUGACAUUUAUUUUUCACUUUUAAUAAAUUAUAAUAUUAUAUAACAAAAUAUUUUUUUAUGAACCACAUAUUUGUUUUGAUUUGCUCAUGUUAAAUGUAUGUAAUGUGCUGCUAGAACUCGAACAGGUGUGGGAACCUGCUUAUGGGCACAAAAAUACACUGGACCAACAUCAA